AUGGGUCACGAGGACGCAGUCUAUCUCGCCAAGCUCGCCGAGCAGGCCGAGCGCUAUGAGGAGAUGGUCGAGAAUAUGAAGAUCGUCGCUUCCGAGGAUCGUGACCUUACCGUUGAGGAGCGCAACCUUCUCUCCGUUGCCUACAAGAACGUGAUCGGUGCCCGCCGUGCCUCAUGGAGAAUCGUCACCUCUAUCGAGCAGAAGGAGGAGAGCAAGGGCAACUCGUCUCAGGUUGGCCUUAUCAAGGAGUACCGCCAGAAGAUCGAGGCCGAGCUCGCACGUAUCUGCGAUGACAUCCUCGAGGUUUUGGACAAGCACCUGAUCCCCUCCGCUAAGUCUGGCGAGUCCAAGGUGUUCUACCACAAGAUGAAGGGUGAUUACCACCGUUACCUUGCCGAGUUCGCCAUUGGCGACCGCCGCAAGGAGUCCGCCGACCUGUCCCUCGAAGCCUACAAGGCUGCCACGGAGGUUGCCCAGACCGAGCUUCCUCCUACUCACCCCAUCCGCCUCGGUCUUGCCCUCAACUUCUCCGUCUUCUACUACGAGAUCUUGAACGCUCCUGACCAGGCUUGCCACCUUGCCAAGCAGGCUUUCGAUGACGCUAUUGCCGAACUUGAUACUCUCAGCGAAGAGAGCUACAAGGACUCAACUCUCAUCAUGCAGCUGCUCCGUGACAACCUGACUCUCUGGACUUCUUCUGAGGCUGAGGCCCCUGCUGAGUCUGGUGCCGCAGCUGCUCAAGAGCCUGAGAAGGCCCCCGAGGCUGCUUCAGAGGAGCCUAAGGCUGCUGCCGAGUAA